UUCACUGUUGCAUUGACUGCUAUAGUUCACUCCUAGAAGAAGAUAUUCUUUUAGUUACCUCACCUUUAACUGUUUGUGGCGAAUUGAUUUAUUACCGUCGUGGAUGCAAAGAACGUGUGCCAAGUGCAUAAUUUUGUGUUUAGUGUGAAUUUUUAUUUUUUGAAUUAAGUUCAGUGAAAAUAAAAGCGUUUUUUGAAUAAGUGAAUUUAUAGACGCGUAGAUUGGCUAAUUGUUGAUUUUUGAUGUAAUAACAAUGGGAAGGCAAAAACAACAUCUACUUUCCUAUGCACUCCUACUAAUUUUUGCCAUAAAUUCGGUAUCGUCAAAUGAAACAACCACAGUCCAAAACAAUGCUGAGACUACUACAGAAAAAUUAAUAGAAGUUUAUCAAGAACAUAAAAUCGACAUCAACAACACAAUCGCUGAAGUACAACGAAUAUUAGCACUAGAUCCAAAUUUACCACGAUUAUCACGUGAAGAAAUAAUGGUCUUACUCGAUAACAUCACUAAAACUGACGAGCAACUUCUAAAGCAAAACAAAACCACUGAGGAAGCAAAUCGGGAUCAGCGUGCUAUUAUGUAUGUAAUGCCAUAUAAUCCUCAAAAUUAUAGCAAUAUCCAAGAAUUGUAUACAAAAGCACCAGUGGUACAUAUUGUGGCAAAUAGUAGUGAUCCAAAUUUAUCGACCCUUCGACCAAUUCGAACACGAUUACCAACUUUCCGAACAACCACUACAACUUCAUCUCCUCGCGAUGAUUUAAUCGAAGAAGAUAUUAGCGAUGUUCAAAUUAAAAUGAAUUCUGAAACCGGUGUUCAGGGAACUACAACGGAGAAAGUUCAUAUUACUCAAAAUAUUUCGGAAAUAAUGGAAAGUCAAACUGAAUUUACAACUACGACCAAAUUACCUGAAAUUGUUUUACCCACUAAAAUUACUAAAAUGUAUGAAAACAUCCCUAAGCCGAUUAUCAGUUUUACGACAACCAACGAACCGAUUGAAUUUACUACGACAAAACGUCCGUAUAUUCAGCGUGGAUCAAUUCGAUAUCCAAAUCAUCGAUAUCCCGAGGAUAUGAAACCAGAGCCAUUUACAACACGAGCACCAGAAAGUGCUCUAAAAAUUAUGGAAGCUCCAAAAUUGAAUGAAAAGAGCAAGCGAAAAGAGGAGAAACAUCCCCAAUAUAAACCAGGUAUUGUUGAAGAUGAAGUAAUUAAAAUUCCGGCUCAAGUUCACAAACGACGCCGCCCAUAUCCUCAAAUACCAGUUACGACGACCACAACCGAACGCGUCUUCAAAGUAACGCCAACACCUUCAAAAACUACUGAAUUUGAUUUUGUUUACUUUAAAGAAGCUACGACUAAAAAAUCACCAGUGGACGAUAAUUUUGAUUUUGUUCACUUCAAGGAUGAAAUUGAUUCCAAUGUAGCUGUACCGGAAACAAAUGGAAAUGAAGCCCCAGAUUUUGGUUUUUCAAAUAAUUUUAAGGAAAUUAUUGAUAAUAUUGAUUUAAGUCAAUCGGAAACCAAGAAAAACCCUAAUGGAAAAUAUAGUAGUUCGUACGUUGAAACACGAUUGAAGAAAAAACCUUCAACUCCACCACCAAUGCGGGAAAACGUUAAAGAUAUCCUGGCAUCAAUUGGAUUAUUCCCAGCACCGAGUACCACAACUACAACGAAACCAGAUUGGUCUGCUGGAGCUGAAGGAUUAGAUCCUGAAAUGAAAGAACUCCUAAUGACAUUCGGUUUAAUACCAAACCCAAAUGAUAAUGGCAAUAAGGCUGUAAGAUUUGCCGAUGAUUUUUCCGAUCCAGAGCCAUCAAAACCAAUGGUAACCAAAGAAAGUUAUGUUAAUUUUAAACCAUUACCUGAUUCAGCCCCAUCUCGUCAAGAUAUGCAACAAUUUUUAUCAAAAUUUGGAUUAGUAGGGGAAAAUCAUCGUGAUCAAAAAUCGAUAAAAAAUGAGGAAAAACCUAAGCCUAAUCCUACAAAACAUCAAGAACUGCAAUCACUUCCAGAAAUUGAUGAAGAUCUUCUACCAGAAGGUAUGAAAGACGUGUUGGAGGAUAUUGGUUUAAUGCAACGCAAAAAAGCUGGUCAAAAAGUUAAGCAACAUAUUUCGAAUCCAACAGAGGAAGCAUCUAAGGAGGAAUUACAAAAAUUAGAACUUUUAUUAGCCACAAUUAAACAAUUGGAGAAAUUAAAUGGUACUCAAAUUUCUCAAGCCGAUUUGGAUGCGCUUGAUUUGAAAAACAUUCAAAAAUUAUCCGACAGUAUUAAUAAUUCGACAUCAAAAGACAUUAAACAGUUAAGCGAACAGGAACCAGAUUUUUUAAAUCCGGUGACUGUUGAAGAUUUACAAAAUUUGCUACAAGCAAACGAGAAAUUCAAACGCCAAAAUAACGCGUCCUCAAAUACAGCAUCGGCCUCUGAUUUAGCUGCUUCAUUUCCUGGCAUGACAGAUACAAAUUCCACAUCUAGUAUUGCUGAAGCUCCAAUUCCACAACCACGUCGAAAUGGCUUAUACUUCUUAUUGGAUUGGAAUUCAUUUUUGGAAGUAGGGGAUGAUGAUCGAACUAAAGUCAAUAUACGAUUUGCACCGAAAGUAGGCGAUCCUGCACGAUUUGUUCCUGUUGGGCCAUAAUAAUAUGUUUUAAUUUUGCUAUUAAUAACUGUUUUGUAGAUUUUUAUACAGAGUAGGAUUAGAAAUUUUUCAAUCUACAAAAUAAUUUCCUGUUGAGAGGGUGGUUUUAUUGUUUUAUUUUAAUGAUGUAAAAAAAAGAGCCAAAGUGGCUGGAAAUCUCCUUAUCGCCAUUGCACCAUCAUAGUUCAUUUCAGCCAUUUUUUAAAUGUCUUUUUUAAAUUUAAUUAUCAAGUUUAGAAGAAAUAAAAAGGAUGCUGAAUCUUAAUCGAAGCUGAAAAUUCUAGCCAUAGACCCCGAACGAAAAUCAAGCUUUCAAGUUCAAAACUAAAUGUUGUUUGGAAGGUUGACGGUUUUGGAAAUUCAGUUAUUACUCCUAAAUUAUUUACCAAGAAGGCGUAAUAGUAGAUCUGUUGGUUUAUUUUUACAUUUUACGAAAAUAUCUUCUAAAUGAAUCCAAAAGAGAUUGUCUGUAAUCAAAAAUUUAUUACUGUGAGUGUUUCUCAAAGUCUCCCCAGGCAAGAGAAUCUUGAGAAUAAUUCCAAGUAUAUGAAUUCGACGCCCUCUCAAGGAAUGAAAUUACCUGUCAGCAUUCGUAAAAUUCAUUUAGAAGAUAUUAAGCGAAAGUCGAAAAGUUCAUUUUUUAACCAAAGUAAGUUCGUUAAAUUAUAAAUUUGAGAUU